AUGUCCGCCCCGGACGGGUGCGCGAAAGGGCCAAAACGCCCAGCCGCCUUCCGGCACAGUUGCACCCCUUGUUGCCGGGGGACCGCAUUCCGCGACGCACCCUGCGGCCGGAAGCGCAUAUCGACGCCCGCACAGGAAGAGUGGUGGGACCUCAUUCCCCGACGGAUCUGGAGGCCGGAAGUGCCCGGGGCCAGGGCGAUGGCGGUGCACGGGCUCUUCGCCGUGUACAAGCCCGGCGGCGUGGCUUGGCCGCGUGUGCGGGACGCCGUGGAAACCCGGCUGCUGGCGGGCCUGAACUCGCUGGAGCAGCGGUCCUCGCGGCAGCACGUGCGCUUCCUGCCGGGCUUCGUGGAAGGAGAGGCGGGCAAGGAGCUGACCCCGGUAGCCACCCGCCUGCCCGUGCUGGCCGACCACCCGCUGGUGAAAGGACCGAGGUUCACUCACUUGAAAGUUGGAGCAGGCCACCGGCUGGAUGUAAAGUCUUCUGGAGUGUUUGUGCUUGGAGUGGGCCAGGGCUGCAGGCUGCUCACAGACAUGUACAAUGCCCAUUUUACUAAGGAUUACACUGUUCGUGGUCUGUUUGGCAAAGCCACAGAUGACUUUUCCGAUACAGGAAAGCUAAUAGAGAAGACAACAUUUGAUCACAUCACAAGUGAAAAGCUGGAAAGGAUUCUUGCUGUCAUUCAGGGAAGCAAUCAUAAAGCUCUACUGACGUAUGCUAACAUUGACCUGAAAACCCAAGAGGCCUAUGAGCUGGCAGUUAAAGGGUUACUUCGCCCUAUGGAGAAAAGUCCUCCAUUAAUCACAGCGAUUCGCUGCCUUGAGUUUGCUCCUCCAGAAUUCCAACUAGAAAUCCAGUGCUUGAACGAGACUCAGCAGUACCUCCGAAAGAUAGUUCAUGAAAUUGGCUUGGAGCUGAAGUCAACUGCUGUGUGCACACAAGUGCGAAGGACCCGGGAUGGCUUCUUCACACUGGACAAGGCUCUUCUGAGAACACAUUGGGACAUGGAGAAUAUCCAGAAAGCAAUUCAAGACUCCAGGCUCACAGUGCAAACAGAACUUGAGAAAAGUUUAGGCCACCUGGAAAGGACUGCUCAUGAUGAACAUAUCGAGAUGGACCAGGUUGAAGAGGGUGACGCAUCAAGAUAGCCCAGUGUUUGGGGGACACCUGCCAGCAGCCUCUCAUAAACAAGAUAGCCACGUGUAAACCAGAAGGGUGGACAAUAAUAGAUAGGAAUGAGAGUAAUCCACAACUAGCCUUUCUUCGGAUGGCACUUAGCUUAGCAGGAGUUGUUUGUUUUCAUCCAACAUGUCUCCAUUGAGAGGCAAAAUAUUUUCUUUUAAAGUGUUGCACAACAGUAUAGUGAGAUCACUGACAUCUAAGAUAGCUUUGCAUUUACUUCCAAAGCCAACCCCCUGCUGAUGUUACUGGGAAGGUUCUGUUGGUAAGGACUGAUAGAGUGGAAAUACAACCAGUGUGUUGCAGGCUGUGCUGCUUCUACUGCAUGCUUACUUUAUUUUGCUCUUUGUAAUGAGAAGUGCAGCCUAGCUAUAGGAAUUCUUUCCCCAAAUAAAAAGGUUUUGUAUGAUAACAUAGGGUAUAGAUCAGCCCUAUUUUCAUAUGUUGAAGGUGUAAAGAGCUAUUGGUCAAACCAAAAAAAUGAACCUGUGCAAGGAAGAUGUAAGAUUUGAGUGAGGCAGAACUUUCCUAGGAAGGGGAAUGCUUCAUUUGGCUUCUUCACUAAUCUCAACAAGAAGGUGAGGUAAUCUUGUGCAAAGGGAUUCAGGAGUAGGAUAUAAAAGCAAGAAAUAGGAUGGAAGAAAUUAAGAUUCAGUGCAAAAUAUUUAUGUGGAAAGAUGCUGCUCCAUGGUACCAACAUUUUAAAAUGAACAGGACCAAAAUCCCUGUGAUUCCCAACUUCUUGUGGAUUUAUCCUGCCCUACUGAGUUAACAGAAUGGUCAGUAUAACAUAGCUGUACAAACUAGCUGACAGAGGUGUGACCACUUUAAGGCUACAGCUUACUAUUGAAAAUGCACCAUAAAUUGCCUGUUAUAGUUGAUCACUGCUAAUUUAUUUCUAAAACAUGCAGAUCCAAGCACAAUGCCAGAUGUACUAAAGCAGCUGCAAUCUGAAGUCUCAGAGUACCAAUUGCUGUAGUAUGCAAGUUUGGUUUUGACAUAAGGAAAGGCUGAUGUGAGGGAUGGGCAUUAAUAACAAUAUCCCAUUUUAGAUUCGCCACUUGUUUUCAAGAUUAUGUCCUAACAGGUACCUAGUGACUGCAUAUUUGCAUGCAAGCAAUACAGGAUUUCUGCUACAAGAAAAGAUUCUGUCUUUACCUCUUUUAGGCUCUGCCUGGGGCACUUGUAGAUACAAUUCUUUCUUUGAAGAUGUACCCAGACAGCUGUUAAAGGUGAGAUGUUACUCUGUGGUCUCACAGUGGAUAAUCCCCAGUGAAGCAAGUGUUUAACAGUGAUGGCUGAUCUUGUUUCUGUGUUUGUUUAUUUUUUUAAAGGAAUUUUUUAACUAAA